UUCCAGGUCCCUCGAGCACUUCCGGGUCAGAGCCUCAGCCCUGGCUCGAUUGAGGCGGCCGAAGAGGAGGUCUGGGAAGCAGCCGCCGCCUCCUGGUGGACGUCUGUCGGUCCCGCCGCGGGAAGAACCGUCCCCACAGCCUCUUAAGGACUUUAGGCCUCACCGCACGAACCCCACGAAGUCUGCCUGGGCACACACCACACACAAGAUUUGGGUGCCUUCCAGCCUUCUUGGUGUAAAGAACAUCAAUGCAAGCGUGAAUAAGAAAGGCAGUUUCUUCCUCCUGAAACAUGGCAUAUCAGUUAUACAGAAAUACCACUUUGGGAAACAGUCUUCAGGAGAGCCUGGAUGAGCUCAUACAGUCUCAACAGAUCACCCCCCAACUUGCCCUUCAAGUUCUACUUCAGUUUGACAAGGCAAUAAAUUCAGCAUUGGCUCAGAGAGUCAGGAACAGAGUCAACUUCAGGGGCUCGCUGAACACGUACCGAUUCUGCGACAACGUCUGGACUUUCGUGCUGAACGAUGUCGAGUUCAGAGAAGUGACAGAACUCAUUAAAGUGGAUAAAGUCAAAAUUGUAGCCUGUGAUGGUAAAAAUACUGGCUCCAAUACUACAGAAUGAAAAGAAAACAGCGGCUUUUUUAAUGCCAUUUCUGUUGUUCACUUUUUUUGAAGAGAAGCUUAGAAGAGACUUUUUUUUUAAUUUAUUCUAACAUUGCAGAAAUGACUACACUGUGUUAUAUACCAUUAGAGAAUUCCACUAGAGAAACUUACAAGUCUGUAACCUCUCACAUAACCCUUAUAAGACAGCAUCAGAGACAACUUUUCUAAUGACCAAACAUUGUUGCCUCCUCAGACCAUUCUUUAAUAAAUUCAUUUUAAAACUCGA